AUGACGUCCCCAGAGCCUGUUCCGAUUGCCAUCGUGGGCAUGGGCUGUCGGUAUCCUGCAGGAGCCAACAGCCCGGAGGAGUUGUGGAACGUUGUUGCUGAGGGUCGAAGUGGAUGGACAGAAGUGCCUCUGGAUAGAUUCAACCAUGAGGCAUUCUACCACCCCGAGCCUGAGAUUCCAGGUACCAUUAACCAGAAGGGAGGUCACUUCAUAGACCAAGAUAUUUCUGCAUUUGAUGCUGGCUUCUUUGGAAUAGCACAGCAAGAAGCAGAGACACUGGAUCCACAGCAGCGUGUCGUGCUGGAGACUUCAUGGGAAGCUAUUGAGAAUGCUGGCAUUCCAAUGCAUCACCUCAAGGGGUCAGACACUGGAAUAUUUGUGGCCAUGUUCGGCCAUGACUUUGAACAAGCAACACACAAGGACCCAGUGGCCGUCUCCAAAUACCACAAUCUUGGGGUGGCACGCCCGUUGCUCGCAAACAGAGUGUCGUACAUCUUUGAUCUUCAAGGACCUUCGGUAGUAGUUGAUACUGCUUGUUCAGGAAGCUUGGCAGCUAUUAGCUUAGCCUGUCAAAGUCUUCGCUCUAGAGAGACAUCCAUGGCAUUAGCAGGCGGUGUCAAUCUGAUAUUUUCUCCAGAUCAAAUGUCUCUCAUGUCAAUGACUGGGCUGUUCAACGACGAAGGGAGGUCUUUCACAUUCGACACUCGCGGUAACGGCUAUGGUCGAGGAGAAGGCGUAGGAAUUGUUGUCCUAAAGCGCCUGGAUGAUGCACUGCGCAACGGGGACACCAUUCGCGCCGUUAUUCGAAACUCGGGCAUCAACUCCGAUGGCCGCACAAACGGAAUCAUGCUCCCCAAUCAAGCCGCUCAAGAACGCCUUGCAAGGACCUUAUUCCAAAACAUUCCAUUCAGCCCAUCUGACGUGCAGUAUGUAGAGGCACAUGGCACAGGAACCAAAGCCGGAGACAAAGUCGAAGUAAACACCAUCCGAAAUGUCUUUUGCGAGGGUCGCGAGAGCGAGAAUCCGGUAUUUGUUGGUGCUACGAAGCCCAACCUUGGACAUUCUGAAGCGGCGAGCGGCACUGCAGGGCUUAUCAAGACGGUGAUGGCGAUGGAAAAGGGACUGAUUCCGCCAAACAUUCUGCUGGAAAACUUUAAGCCUGGGCUGGAACCGGGUCACUGGAGUAUGGAGAUUGCGCGAUCGCUCACACCGUGGCCGUCAACAAAGACCAGUCGAAAGGCUGUGGUCAACAGCUUUGGAUUCGGAGGGACAAAUGCAAUGCUGCUUUUAGAAUUUGGGCGGGUUUACGAUGGCGCAAACAAUUACAUCAAUGGCCUAGAUCGCGACGAGCGUAUCAGGCCAGACGAACCCAAGAUCCCUCGUCUCUUCCCUCUAUCUGCUACAUCAGAGUUUUCUCUCCAGAAUGCUGCCAAAGAUCUUGCAGAUUAUUUGAAGCGUCGCGGCGACAUUCGACUUGACGAUCUUUCUCAUACCCUCACCGGGCGAAGAUCUCAAUUCCAGUGGCGCACGAGCAUUGUUGCUGAAGACGUCGAUUCUCUCAUCCAGAGUCUUUCAGCAAAAGAUCUAGUACGGAGCAAGAUACCAAACAAAACUGCAAAUGCCUUCGUCUUUACCGGACAAGGCGCGCAGUGGGCGAGGAUGGGUCACAACCUCCUAUCGGCGGAAGCCAAUGAGUUCACGAGAUCCAUCUCGGCUUCGGAACAGCUGCUCAAGGAAUUUGGUGCUCAAUGGAGCCUUGUCGAGGAAUUAUCCAAGGACGCAGCAUCAAGUCGCUUAAACGACAGUACAUAUGGCCAACCUGCCAGCACAGCCGUUCAAAUCGCUCUCGUUGACCUCUUGAAGAGCUGGAAUGUCCUGCCCUCAGCGGUAGUUGGUCAUUCCAGCGGUGAAAUCGCCGCGGCAUAUGCUGCUGGAGCUAUUUCUCACAAGGCAGCUAUGCUUGCUUCAUACCAUAGAAGCUUCCUGGCUGAAUUGUCUAAACAACGGACUACACAGCGUGGAACUAUGCUGGCUGUUGGGCUCGGACGUGAAGAUGCUGAAAGGUACAUUGGAAAAUUGGAGGCUCCAGGUAUUGUGGUGGCUUGUAUCAACAGUCCAUCGAGUGUAACGAUCUCUGGUGAUGCAGAUGGUAUUUCAGCGUUGAAAGACGCUCUCGAUGAAGAUCAAAUAUUCAACCGGCGACUCAAAGUUGAUACGGCGUAUCACUCUCACCAUAUGAAACUGGUUAGCUCUGAUUAUCUGCAACAGCUCGAGGGACUCGAGGCAGGCACAACGGAUCCCUCGAUUCGCUACUUUUCCAGUGUUACGGGACAAGAAAAGUUGGAUGGUUUUGGUGGCUCAUACUGGGUCGAGAACUUGGUGUCCCCAGUCCGCUUCUCAGAUGCUUUACAGAAUUUGUAUCAUCAAGUAAAGCAAGGUUCCCUCAAUAUUGUCGAGAUAGGCCCACACUCGGCUCUCUCUGGACCAGUCAAACAAACCCUGGCAGGGCUACAGAGUGAAGGGUCUUCAUACACCUAUAUUCCCACGUUGGUACGUAAUGAACAUGGCGUCAGGUCUCUCAUGAAUGCGGGAUCGAGUCUCUUCCGUGGUGGUAGCGACAUCGAUAUGAGCGCGGUGGCUUCACUCAGCAUCUCACACUCAUCGCUACCAGCUGUUCUAGGAGACUUGCCGACCUACUACUGGAAUCACACAACAACUCAUUGGACAGAGUCGCGACUCAGCCGCGAGUACAGAUGUCGAAAGUAUCCCGCCCAUGAUCUUUUGGGUUCUCGAGUGAUUGCAUCAUCGGAUAGCCAACCUAGCUGGCGAAUACUGUUGAGUACUGACAGGCUUCCAUGGUUGCAAGACCACGUCGUCGAUAACUUUAUCGUGUUCCCCGCUGCUGGAUACAUGACCAUGGCAAUCCAAGCCUUGCAACAACUGGAUCAGGAUCGUCGCCCAGAUCUAAAGCCCAAGGGUUACAGACUAAAAAAUGUUUCCUUCAAAAAGACUUUGACGCUGCCCAAAGAUGACACGCCCGUUGAAGUCAUCAUAUCAUUCCAAUAUGCCGACUCGAGCGAUUCUUGGGCCUUUACUGUCUCUUCAAUGUCAGACCAAGGCAAAUGGCAGGACCACUCAAGUGGAACUAUAUCAGCCGUCUUUGAGACUGAUUUGGAUGAGAUUGAACAGACUCGUGAAGCAGAAUACAGUCAAAAGUCUCAGAUCUCUCGUCUUACAAGCGCUGGCAACCAAUAUGGCCCUACAUUUGCAAUCAACGACGAAAUGAGGAUAUCAAGCUUCCAAUCUCUGAAUAAACUUGUUGUGCCGGACAUUCUUGCAAAGAUGCCUGGGCAAUUCAUGCAGCCACACGUUAUCCAUCCCACAACGCUCGAUGGAAUCAUUCAGUCGUGUCUUCCUGUUUUCCAACAGCACUCCAUCAAGGGGUCCGUCAUGCCGAUUCUCAUCAGCGAUGUGUUUAUUUCGACAGAUAUUGCCAAUAAGCCAGGCAGUCAACUCCAGGCCGUGUGCGAUUUGAGUGAUGUAUUUGCGCACUCUACAAGCUUUAGCACAGCAGUCUUUCAAGCAAGAGAGAAUGGUGAGCCACAAUGUGUCCUCACUAUGGAUAGAGGAGAGAUUCGCGUGGUUGGAGAGGCUCAGUCUUCUCAGGCUAUCAGCAACGACAACAUCUUUAAGAUGGAAUGGGGUCUCGACACUUCAUCAAUUACCGCCGAGAUCAUCGAGUCUGUGGUGAUUCCCUUACAGUCCGACGAGGCCGGUAUUUCUCAGGCAGAGAAAGUCAAUCUGACUUCUGUUGCUUGCGCGAGAUACAUUGAUUGGGCUGUCAGAGAAAUGAAUGAUCGUGGACUCACUGUGAAAGACGACCAUCGAGUCAACUGGUGGAAGUUGCUGCAAAAGUUUGCUGCCUCAGAGGUAGGCAAGUCUCUCAUCCAACAGAGCCCAAAGACCAAAGAAGACUUGGAUAAACUCACCUCGAGGCUGGGCGUCGAAGGAGAGGCCGUGGCUAGAAUUGGACCUGAGCUGAUUCUACUCUUGACGGGUGAAACUGAUCCGCUCACUCACUUCCUCAAGGACGAUCUUUUGUUCCGAGUGUAUCAUUCUGAUGAAGGCGCUCGACCCAACCAAUACAUGGCUGACUACGUCAAGAUGCUCACGUUCCAAAGGAGAGAUCUCAGAAUUCUGGAAAUUGGCGCCGGUACUGGAGGCACGACAUAUCGUAUUCUUCAAUCAUGCACUCCCAACGGCGAUAGUUUCUGCGCAGAAUACAUGUACACAGAUAUUUCCUCUGGAUUCUUCGAGGCCGUCCGCACAACCCGGCUAAAGGAUUGGGCUCACCUCUUGACAUUCCAGACUCUAGAUCUCGAAAAGGACGCAGCAGAGCAAGGAUUCAAAGAGCACUCUUACGAUCUCGUCGUUGCUGCAAACGUCGUCCAUGCUACACGAUCUCUGGCAAAGUCACUCAACACCAUCCGCAAGCUGCUAAAGCCUGGCGGUGUACUUGGUCUUGUGGAACUUACUAGGACAACGCCGUACAUCAACAUGACGUUUGGAUCGAUUCCCGGCUGGUGGGCUGGUGUUGACGAAGGACGAACUGAAAGCCCGCUUCAAUCUGCUGAGCAGUGGAACGCACAUCUUCAAAAUGCUGGAUUUUCGGGGGUUGAUCUGGCUGCAUAUGAUCUUCCUGAGCCAGAGAGACAUUGUGCUCUGCUGUUGUCGACUGCUGUAGCGGCUCAGCCGUUGGAUAACAGGCUUGAUGCUCCCCGAUUCAAAAUCCUGAAUUCCAUUGCGGAGAAUCAGUAUGCACAUGGAUUUUCAGACAAAUUAGCUACCGCUUUGACUACCAAGGGCUUUCAAUCUUCCAUUGACGAGUGGGAAAAGACUGCUGCCGACGAUUCGCGCUCCUACAUCAUCAUCGAGUCUUCUAACCAGCCUCUCCUCACACAGGCUUCCAGCGAGAAAUUUGCCCGCAUCACGGAAUUAUUAUCCAGUGUGAAAAAGGUGUACUGGAUCAGCUUCGCAAAUGCUAGCGGCAAUGUCGUGCCGGAGAACUCGUUGAUCACAGGAGUCUCGAGAUCCGCACGAAACGAGAAUCCCCAUCUCGAUUUCUUCACUGUUGAUGUGCAAGACUCUCUGGACCAACAUCCCGACAAAGUCUUACAGGCCAUCACAACAUUCAUCAGUUCUACAGAAAACAAGAUUGCAAAGAACGAGCCCCGUGAGUUUGAGCUCAUGUACAAGGACGAAAAGCUACAAAUCCAGCGCUUCGUCGCGAAUGAGAAACUCUCACGAGCAGUUUCGACCACUUCAGACGACUCAGAGACAGAAGAAGUCAAGUUCCACCAGCCUGAGCGUCCUCUCAAGAUCAACGUCGACAAGCCCGGUCUCUUGAACAGCCUCGUAUUCAUCGAUGAUGAUGCCGGCGAACUCGGUCCCGAUGAGAUUGAAAUCCAGUCUUACGCCUGGGGCCUCAACUUCUCAGACGUCUUUAUUGCCCUCGGUCAACUACCUCCCACUCAACCCAUGGUCGGCGAAAGCGCAGGUAUUGUUACAGCUGUUGGAUCCAACUUCAAAUCGCAGUACAAGCCCGGUGAUCGCGUAACGGCCAUGUUCGGCACACCUUAUGCCAGUCGAACCAGGACAAACGGCCAUUUGAUUCAUCGCAUUCCUGAUUCUCUAUCAUUCACAGAUGCUGCCUCGAUUCCUCUGACUUUUGCAACGGCAUACUACUCGCUCUUUGACUGUGCCAAUCUCCGUCAGGGGCAAACAAUUCUGAUACACUCUGCUUCCGGAGCAUUGGGCCAAGUAGCCAUCAAGGUUGCUCAACGACUUGGCGCAGUCAUUUUUGCCACCGUUGGCAGUGUCUCCAAGCGGGAAAUCCUCAUGGAGCAAUACGGCAUCCCGGAGAGUCACAUCUUUAGCAGUCGCACAACCGAUUUCGCAGCUGGUGUCAAGCGACUCACGAAUGGUGCCGGGGUGGACGUGGUCUUGAACUCUCUCUCUGGUCCUAUGCUUCAUGCUUCUUGGGAGUCUGUCGCUGCAUUUGGGACCUUUGUUGAGGUGGGCAAGACGGACAUUUCCCGUCGCAGUCAGCUCAACAUGAAGCCGUUUGAGAGGAACCUGAGAUUCGUCAGUGUGGACUUGGUAGGACUUUCGAAGCAGCGACCAGCAGAGUGCCAGAGACUCUUGGAGAGAAUCUUCGCCGACUUUGGAGCUGGACACUUUACACCACUGCCAGUAACAGCCUUGCCUAUUGGUGAUAUCGAAAAAGCCUUCAGACUGAUGCAGAGCCGGAAGCAUACUGGGAAAAUCGUUCUAGAGGCUUCCGAUGAGUCUACAGUUCAAGCCAAGGUAAAGCCUCUUCAACUACGAGCCGACGGAACGUACAUCAUUGUUGGCGGCCUUGGAAGUUUGGGCAAGCAUCUGUGCAGGCAUCUCCAAGAAAAGGGCGCACGGCACAUUGCCUUGUUUACGCGACAGAGUUAUGAUGACGCGGCUAAGGGUGAGAUGGAGAAAGAGCUCACUGAUAUUCCCGAUGCUGUUGUCAAGAUUGCGACGUGUGAUGUUGGAAAUGCCAGCGUGGUUGAACAAGUGGCCAAGCAACUUGGUGAAGAUAUGCCGCCAGUAAGAGGCAUUCUUCAUGGUGGUAUGGUGUUGUCGGACCGAACGAUAUCCCAAAUCACACAGCAAGACUUUGAGAUUGCCCUCUUGCCCAAGUACCAUGGCACGAUCAACCUCUACAAUGCAUUCUACAACAAAGACGUCGACUUCUUCAUCAACCUCUCUUCUCUUUGCGGUGUUGUCGGCACAAUCGGACAGUCCAAUUAUGCUGCUGGAGGCACAUAUCAGGACAUGUUUACGCACACUCAAGUAUCUGCAGGCCGCAAGAAUUUCGUCACCAUUGAUUUUCCCUUGAUUAAGAGUACAUAUACCGUUACCCAGGAGCACACUCACUCUUUGGCUAGACAGGGCGUUCAGUUGCUUCCUAUCGAGAUUGCACUGCCUGUUGUGGACUAUGCGAUGAGCGGGAAGGCAUUCAAGGAUGGCAAUCACCAGAUCGCGUUUGGUCUCGAUCCGCAAUCCUUCAUUGAUCAAACGAUUCCAGGUGGAAGAGUGCCACCGCUCGUGUCUCAUAUUUUAUCUGCUCACGGCCGAGGUCUUGCGCGUCAAGCCAGUCGUGAAAAUGAACAAACUGCAGAAGAAAAGAUUGCUCUUGCAUCAACUGUCGAAGAUGCAGAAGAAUUAGUUCUGGUUGCAAUCCGCGACAAGAUCGCGUCUCUUACCGUGCUGGAAGCCGAAGAACUUGAUGUCGACCAGUCUAUUGCAAACAUGGCACUCGACUCGCUCGUCGCCACCGAGAUCAAGAACUGGAUCACUAACAAACUUCAGGCGCCAGUCCAAACGUCGGAUAUUUUGGAUGCACCGAGCCUUCGUUAUCUUGCUGCUUUUGUCACCAAAGGCUCCAACCUGGUGAAGAGUAAAGUUGGCUCACAGCAGAAUGGGCAGAACGACGAUACUAAUGGCGAUAACAACGCCGUCAAUGCCAAGAGAGAGGUUGCCCUUCCCAAGUAUCCCAUGCAGACGCUCGAAGGGACGCUAGAAAUCUUCCUCGAUUCCGUCGGCCACAUUGCAAACGAAGAUGAGUUGAAGGUUACUCGUGAAGCCAUCGGCGCUUUCCAGGCCCCUGAUGGACUGGGACAGCAGCUGCAAAGACGACUGGCCAAGAUGUCUGGAGAUGAAGGCGAGAAUAACGAAGUCGUCGACAUGUACGUGAGGAACAAGUGGCUUCGAGGACGAGACUGGAGGCCUAGGCUGCGAAAUUUUUUCGCUACUUUGCCUGGACAAGAUACGCUUCGCCAACCUCAGGCGAAUCAGGCAGCGGAACUUACAUUGGGGGCGUAUAAGUACAAGCUGGCUCUGGAUGCGGGAACAGUUCAGCAGGAUUAUUACAAUGAACAGGCACUGGACAUGGCCACUGUCUAUUGGCUUUUCAGCACGAAUCGCACCCCAGCCCUUGGCUGCGAUGGCUACGACAGAUACCCAGAGAGUGACUACAUUGUUGUUAUGAAACGUGGACACACAUUCAAGAUUCCCAUGAGAGACCGCAACGGCGAAGUUGUAGCGUACAACAAGCUCGUCUCCAUCUUCCAAGCCAUAUCUCAGCAUACCCCAGAGGAAACAAACUGGACCAGUCUGCUUACUACCGCAAAUCGUGAUGAGUGGGCAUUUGCCCGUGAUGAAAUAAUAAUGGGAAGCGAAGACGGCCGUAACUUUGUCAAGACAAUCGAAGAGUCUCUCUUCAUCAUCUACCUCGAAGACGUCUCCCCCGAAACAGCAAACGAUCGCGCAGACGUCUUCCUCCUGGACGACAAUUCCAACCGCUGGCUAGACAAGACGCUCUCCUUUGUCGUCUGCGCCAACGGCGUGUCUGCCAUCUGGGGCGAGCACACCAUGGUUGACGGCACCACGUUUGGCGGGUUGAUCAAAGCUCUCAGCUCGCCGUCAAACAAGCCAAUCCAAACAUCCAACGGAUCAUCUACCGAUAACACCGUGGUCGACGGUGACUUUUCCUAUAUUUCAUUCACGUUACCAGCCACCCUUUCAAAACGCAUCUCUCCGCUCCAAGUUCAACAUCAACGAGCUCACGAUGGCUACACGCUCGCCAAUCUCACUCACACUUACUACGCAGCCACUUAUCUAAGAAAGCAAAAGCUCCCGCCAAAGACUGUCAUCCAGCUGGUAAUCCAAGUAGCCGUCCGCCGCCUCUUCGGAUACAACCCCCUAGGCGCAGUGGACGUAAUCUCCCAGCGCCCAUUCCGCGGUGGACGAACAGACAUGAUUUACAUCAUGACGCCACCCGUCCAGGCAUUCUGUGCUGCAGCAGAGGAUCCUUCUGUCAGUGGUAUUGAGAAAAGACGAUUGUUCCUGGAGGCAGUCAAAUCACACGCAAGGCUCGUGGCGCUGGCAACUCGAGGAAGAGGAUUCAGAUGGCAUCUCAUGGCGCUCCGCGAGAUGAUGGAGCCUGGCGAGGAGCUUCCCACGUUCUAUAAAGAUACUGUUUUCGCCAGGACAAGCGAGCGGCCGGUUUGCACGAGUUUUACGGAAUUUGGACUUCCAGAGAUGGGACGGUGUCAGCCUCACAAGCCUGACGUAUGGGUUGGUGUGCAGGUCUUUGACGAAAGAGUUCAAUUUACGGUGAUUAAUGGGGAGAGAAAGUCGGAUGAGUUUGUGGACCAUCUCAAGGCGGCUGCGGAGGUUGUGAGAGACAUAAUUGAGACUAAUGCGGUAUAA